AUGGACGUAAAAUUUGCAUUUUUGAAUGGGGAGAUUCAAGAGGAAGUAUAUGUAAUGCAACCAGAAGUAUACACUAAGCGCGAAGGUAACGAGUUUCUGAUAGUUGGGGUUUACGUAGAUGAUUUAUUGAUUACAGGGUCAAGCAUCAGAAACAUACAGAAAUUUAAAGAUCAGAUGAGGAGUGAGUUUGAUAUGAGCGAUUUGGGAAAACUUUCAUAUUAUCUUGGCAUUGAGGUAGAACAGAGACGAGGUAGCAUUGAGUUGAAACAGACGGGCUGCGCAAAAAGAUUGUUAGAAAAGGCUGGAAUGUUGGAGAGUAAUUCAACCAAAUAUCCUAUGGAGCCUAAGAUUCAGUUAAGCAAAGACGCCACUGGAAAGGCAGUUGACUCGACAUUGUUUAAGAGUCUAGUGGAGGGUCUAAGGUAUCUAGUGCACACCAGGCCAGAUAUAUCCUACGCAGUAGGCAUCGUGAGUCGUUUUAUGGAAAGGCCAACUGUUCAGCAUCUAAAUGCAGUCAAAAGAAUUCUAUGCUACGUAAAUGGUACGUUGGAUCAUGGUUUGGUGUACACGAAGAACUCUGGGAGUCAUUUGCUAUCUGGAUACUCUGACAGUGAUUUAGGAGGCGAUGUUGAUGACCGGAAAAGUACGAGUGGAAUGGCGUUCUAUUUAAGUGAAAGCCUGAUCACCUGGGUGUCUCAGAAGCAACGGUGCGUUGUCUUGUCCUCCUGCGAGGCAGAAUUUAUGGCUGCAACUGCUGCAGCCUGUCUGGGACCUGUUGUUCUGUAUAUUGAUAAUCGAUCGGCCAUAGAUUUGGCGAAAAACCCAGUGUUCCAUGGAAGAAGUAAGCACAUAGACUUGCGUUUUCAUUUUAUCAGGGAGUGUGUGGAAAAAGGAGAGGUUGUCAUCAAACAUAUUGGAACUGAGGAGCAAAGAGCAGACAUCCUCACAAAGGCGUUGUCCACUGCAAAAUUUGAAAGGAUGAGGGAUCUACUGGGUGUUAAGAAGCUGAAGUGA